AUGGGAGUCGCCGCUCUAACAACCGAUGAAAUGAUGAUAGAGACCCGAUUAAACAUUUGCAGGAGAGGCAGCCGCCCUUUGGCCCCGCAAGAGAGUCCGAGGAAGAAGAAGAACUCCGGGGCGGGAGUGAAAAGUGAGAAGGCUGCUGGCUGGUGGCUCCUCGGCUGGCCGAAUGCCAGCGGAGGCGUGGCCUCCGUGUCAGACUGCCGCCGCCAACGGCGAGUCCAAAACGGCGUCUGCCGUCUUCGACGACGACCCCUGUCAAGUCUUCGUCGCGCCCGUCGACGACGACUCCGAGCAGGUCCUUUUUUGGACUUUUCUCCACUUUUUUUCAUUUUUUUUCGCUAGUUGGUAAUUCCUUUAUAGAGGAAACAGUCGAGUUAGAACGGUCAAAUGUUCAAAAAAACAAUUCACAAAAAAAUUUAAAUUCAUAAUAUCUCAGUCUUACGGAAGCCAGAGUGCACCCUAGAGGGCAACCUUGAGGUCCCAGUCUAGUAACCACCUUACCUCCCCUUAGAGGGACACUAAAGCUUGCAAGAGUGGCCGCUAGAGGUUUUAGUUAGUGGCCACUCUAGGAAAGCUUGAUAAUGGUUCCUAUACUUCGUUUUAAUUAGUUUUUUCAACUUUAAAGUCAUGUAUAAAAUUAAUAGAAGACCCCUGAAGAGACCUCUUGAGCUUUAGGGAGCACUAUUAUGAUCCUCAUAUGGGCUGUUUUCUAAAACCCCUCUAGGGACCACUCUGGAGUUCCUAAGAUCGGCAGUCAAAAAAGACCUCGCCCCAGUCUUUGAAAAAUUCAUCAGCUUCAAAAUCUCUAUUUUUACAUUCACCGAUUUUUUCUGCACCUUGAAAAAUUUUUUUAGGAUAGUACUGGUUUUUUUACAGGUAGGCUUAGUCAAGAAAUCGCAUUUUUUUAAAAAUUAAGAAUUUCUCUAACAAAUCCUAAACAUUAAUGGAAAGGCCAUUCUUAAAGACUUUUUAGCUCUAAGAGAUCAAGUAAAUGGUUUCUGAAAUUGUAUACCAAUUUAACUAUUUUUUUGCUUUGUAACAAUCUUAUUGCCAGGAAAAGCUGAGAUUUUGUUUUUUUUUUUCGCUUGGUUUUCUAUUUUUUUCAAAUGUUUAUAUGCUAAUACUUUACUUUUUUUGAAGUUAUGCUUAGAAAAAAAUUUUUGAAAUUUAAAAAAAUCUGCUUUUUUUGAGGUUUUCAGUUUGAAAUUUAUUUAGAAUUAAUGUAAAUUGAUUUGAAUAUUUUUUUACAAGUUUGUUGGAGCAGUUAUUUAUAGAAGGAAAACCAGAUUUUCCAUCCUAAAAUUCAUCAUAAAAAAAUUCGAUUUCUGUUUUUCUUUUUAAUCGAAAACCUUCCGUUUAACUGAAAAACCGAAAAAUUUUUCGAAAAAUGAGCUAAUUUUUUUCUUUUUGUUUUUUUGUAAGGGAAAGUCUCCUCACUUGAAAAACCGUUUCGAAGUCUCCCAUACCAUGAUAAAAAAGCAAUUUCCAUCAAUUUCGCUCAAAUUUUCGUCGCAUCUGUUGAUUUCAGCAAGGAAAAAAAUCGUCGCAUGAAAACUUAACCAAAUGCCGAAUGAUCAUUGCCCAGUUUAAAAUCGAGUGAAAAAGCGGCGGCUGGAAUUUCUGUGGCCACAUGUCAGUUUUUACCUGAAAUCAAGGUUGUUACAGCGUUCCAGAGCACUUUCCCGAGUUGAAAAUUUUUCUGUUCAAAGGUCUUUUGAUAGUUUGUUAGUAUUCUAGUGACUUUCAAGGCCUAGGUUUAGAAAUUUUUUUCUUCUAUUUUUUAGAAUUUUAUCACUCUGAAAAUUGAGAAAAGUUCAAAUCCCUAAUAACUUGAUUUGAAUAGUUGUGGUUGCAUGCAAAAUGGCCAUUUGCGAGUUGCACCCGACUUUAAACGAUUUUCGCACUGUAGCUUCGUACACCAUUAGGUUUUUUGGCAGAGAAAUAUCAACUUGGUUGACAACCGCCAAAUUUCGACCCAUUCGAAGUGCGAUUUUUUUUUUCUCAUUUAUCAUCCGACCUGAAACGACUUGCGCACCCCCUUUUUCAACUACAUUUAAAACAAAUUUCAGAAUUUCGAUAUCAUUUUUUGGAAAAAGAUUAUCUGCAGAACUAUUACUUUAUAAACUUGGCUCAUAAUUUUUUUUUUAAAUUCUCAACUUAAUAUUUUGUGAAAAGUUCUUGUCCUUUCCCCAGUAGAUUCAUUAUCCCCUCUUUCAUAAAGGACAGCUUUUUCAGGCUUUUUUCUCGCCUUUCUUCCGCGGUUGUUUAAUGUUCGGAGGUCGUAAAAAAUCCCGCAGGCUAUAACUUUUGUUUUAUUCGGAUUUGAUGGUGGAAAGUUUUUUCAAGAAAGAAAAAAUUCUCGUGCCGCCAAGAUCGUUUCGGAAAUUUUUAUUGACUUGUUUGACUUGGAGAGAAGCUUUGUUUUGGUGAAAUUUUGACUUUUUAAAACUGGUUAUCUAAAUUUAAAGAAAAAAACCAGAAAAAAAGUGAGAAAAAAACGGCUGAGCCAUAAUAGGAAAAAAAUUGAUUAAACAUUGAAAUUGCAACAUAAAAAAACUGUACUUGUGUUUCAUUCUCAAAAAGUAUUGAAUGGAAAAAUCAAUUUCUGAAAAAAAGUAAAUAUUUUGAGAAAAAUAUUUUUUUGUGUCGUUUCCAAGUUUUUCAAGUUUAAAAACCACGUGGAAUUUUCAGUUCACAGUUAUUUAAUCACACAAAAAACAUGGCCAUCGGAGUUUUUUUCCGUUGAAAUUUCGACUAUGAGUCGAGAUAACUUAUAGAUUUUGUAUGAAAUAGCCCUUCUAGAAAAAGAGAAAAUUCUAAAAAAAAUUCACCCUUUUUUUCAAUAAAAAAAGUUUUAAAUUUCAAAUAAAGUAAAAAAAUUUUUUUGUAUAUGAGCUUUUUUUCACAAAAAAAUGAGACUAUUUUUUUGUUUUUUUCAUGGAGAUUUCGAUUAUAAAUCGGAAAAAAAUUGAUAGAAAUAAUAUAAUGGUUUUUCAAAAAAAGUGUGUAAUAAGAUCUUUUUUGUCGUGAAUUAGCUUUCAAAAUCAGAAAAAUGAAAACAUGGUAGUUAAAAAUGUUUUUUCUCACACCAAAAAAAGUGACCAUCUGUGUUUUGAUGUUGACCAUUAUGAGUCACGAUGGGAAUUUUCCAAUUUUUAUUCAAUUUAUUUUUUCAGAUGAUCCCGUCGAGCGCGGCGAGUUGGCAACUGUUAUCGGUAUCUCUGCAUAGAGUCAGUUUUUUUUCUUUUUUCAUUUCAAAGAUUUUUGUUGUGAAGGUAUCAUUUGAGUAUAUUCCUAUUUUUCCUUUUUUCACACUGUAUCUCGAUUUUUCGUGAAAUAGUAAGGAUCUGCAUUGAAAAUCGUUUUGAUGGGAUUUUAAUAUUCUUCUUUAUUUAUAUUUUUGUUAUCUUUUCUUUGAAAUUUUCUCUCAGAGGCUUUCAAAAAGUGUUUUCUUUUCUUUUUUUUGUCUAAAUUGACCGGCUUUUAAGAUCUUUAUCAGACACUUAAAAGCCUUUCAGACCUUCUAGAAACCUUGUCAUGUGUUCUGAAAUCGCGUGAAGCUUUCCUAAAAGUUUUGCGGCUGAUCAACGGGCUCAAAAGCGCCUUCAAAUCUUGUACUCUGCCCUUUUCCCAUUGAGAACUUUGAAGAAACGGCUUUUUGCUGGUUUUAGCGUCUAUCAAAUAGUUUGUAAAAUCUAGUUUUCUAGUUUUUGGACAAGAAUAUCUUGAAAUUCAGAAGUUUUAAAGCUCAGGCUCUGAGAAGUCUGUAAUUACCAGUUUGAAUGGAGAUGGAUUUAUAAAUAACUUACAAGAAAAAUAUCUCAACUUUUUGAAGUCUUCUCUUGAAAGCAGACGCUUUCUAUUCUCAGAAUGAGAAAGAUGCUUUUUAUUGGUUUUCAUGGUUUUUAGAUUUUUCUAGAACGGUCUUUCAGAACCUGACACUUUUAUAAUAGAUUAACAAACAGCUAGUUCUCUAGGACAACUUUCGGAGUUUUUUGCUGGUUUUUUAAUUGGUUUCAAGUCCUUUUAUAGUCAAUGUUUCCCGACUUGAAAGGCGAUGGAGGCGGGGCAAGGGGCGGGACGCGUAGCGUGUGCAUUCGCGGUUCUUGGCACGAGUUCAAUUCAAUUGCCGCCGACUAUAUAAAAAGCUCGGCAACCGCUCUUUUUCAAUGUUUUCUACUAUUUUUUGAUGCACACAUGAACAUAAUCAAUAACUAAUUGAAAAAGGAAUGAAAAGAACGAAAAACGGGAUUUUCAAAGAGUCGAUGGCGGUUGAAUUGAACACGUGGCAAGGACCGCGUACGCACACGCUACGCGUCCCGCCCCUUGCCCCGCCUCCCUCGCCUUUCAAGUCGGGAAACAUUGACUAUAUCAGUCGAAUUUUUUGUGACGGUUCCAGAAAUGUUCACUUCUAGUAAUUUCACCCAGGGCGAAAUAAAUUUACUUACAAAAGUUUACAGAAAAACUAUUGUAAAAUAAGUUAUCAACUUCUUGGUGAUUGAGUGAGAAAAAAAAAUCUGAAAAUCGGAAAUUUGGUCAGAGCAAUCCUUGAAGUGCCAGAUAAAGAUCUUAAAGUUCUCAAUCACUCUUUUUUUUUCGAGGGUUUUCGUUGACUUUGAGAUUUUCUUUCAAAGAAACUGAGAAGUCGUGCAGGCUUAGAAUUUCAGGAUCAACUUGUGGUACAUCAAGGAGUGCUCUUGCCCUUUAUCAAGCAUUCCUCAAGAAAAAAAUGAACUAGGUAGUACUGACGUCAAUUUGAGAGCUUUAAAGGAGAUGUUGGCCCGUUUCCGGAAAAUGGUCCACCCACGUAGGUUUCAAAGUGUUUCUUCAUUUUCUCUGUCACACCCACUCAGUGGCGAAUGGUUGUUACAUUUUGUGACAAGCUAAAAAGCCUCGUCCCCUUGGCGAAUGUUUUUGUGAUUGGGUCGGAUUGUCCUUUCGGUCCAUCCCAUCAGACCUAAUGUACUUAUCGAUUGAAAAGGGCGGCCGAGAUUGUGUGGCGGUAGUUGAUUGGGCUGGUGGUGAGGCAGAAGCAGCCGCCUCGCGAACAGUCGUCCAGCUCCCGCUCCGGAGGACAGCCGCGUCCUCGAGCUCGUUCCUCGGCGCUGACCUCUGCCACACUCCGCCCACAACUUCUUUCUCCACACGUUUUUUCAGUUCGAGAACUUCUUAUCGAGUUUUUAAGCUACUUUUUGUCGGAAUAUUUCGGAUUUUUUGAAUGUUUAAGAGACCUUUUAUGCAAACUUGAAGAUCCUUGGACUUUUGUAGUUUUCGGAACCUUUUUAAGCUCAUCAAACAACUUACAGAAGCUAUACUCAUAAAAAAAGAAAAUACUGUUCCGAAGUUCUUAGCCUCUCCGCCCACAACUUCUUUUUUCAAACGUCUUUUUUCCAUGAUUUUAUUGAAUAGUUGUUGAACUACUUCUUUCUACAAUGUUUUUUUGAGACUUUUAGUCGAGUUUUCGAUAAUUCUCAACCUUUUAUGGGCAGGUUUGUUUAAGAGUUGUUUUUGGAAAAAAAAUUUUUAGGCGUUCAAUUUUUAGUUUCCGGAAUCUUAAUAUUAAUUAUUAUAGCCUUAGAAAAAUGUUUUGAGUCGUUUUCAGAUUUUUUUUUCCGAUAUAACCUUCUUCAGAACUUUUUCUGACUCAAAUUGAAACUAGAAAGAAAAGUUUUCUGGCUUUUUUUUCUCGUCCAUGCCUAAUUUGGUUAGGUUUCGGCUCGUUUUGACGCUUCCUGGGAGCGUUUCUUCAUUUUUGGACCGGUGAAGUUUUUUUUUUGAGUUUUCACUUGCUAUAAAUUUAAUUUUCUACUUCUCCACUGAAAAAUUUGAGUUUUCCGUUCAGCCCAAUGUCCAGCUUGACGUUAAUUCCACGUUUGCAUCCAGCAAUUUGAGAUUUUGCUCUUUUUAUUCCGCCAAGCGCGUAACUUGAUGCCGGCCGUCUACCGAUCAAACUUUUCCAUUUAAAGUUCUUUUUCAGAAAAUUUUCACUCGUUUUAGGCUAAAGGAAGAUAUUUUGAGAAGAAAUAGUCGCGAAAAUUGAAUUUUAGUCGUUUUUGUGAGACGAAAAUCAGACUUUUCAUUGAUUUGUAAAUCUGAAUCAUGUCCACAUUUUUUGAAAUCAGAGCUUACUCCUGAUCCCGUUGGAAGUCCAUUGCUCAGCUUUCUCAGCCUAAGAAUAAAGUUCUCUAUGGAGCGCAUAAAUCUCGAUUAAAUAGCCAUUUUUCACGAAAAAGGCUCAAAAUCAUGUAUGGCUUUUAAGGAUCUUUUCUCAUCUGGUCUUCAGUUUUUCAAACUUUUCUUUCUCAAAUAUCAAUGGAGCGAAUAAUCGAAAUGAAUCUCUUUCUCAAAAUUUUCUAUCAUGAAGCUGUUUUUCCUUCGGGUUCUCUUUUUGCUUGAUUUUUGCCUAACUUUUCUUAAAUUCUCUAGCGCAAAAUUUCUGGUAAAAAAUCGAAACUUGAAGGAAAACGAAGGGCUACCACACGCCCUUGUGGUCGUCAUUAACACACAGAGACACAAACUGGCCACCAAUUCCCCGAGGAUCAUGUGGAACCUAUUUAGUUCCAUUUUUUCUCCUCUUUUCUUUUAGCUUUACAACACGUGCAUUUGAUAUUUUUGGCUCUACUAUUGUUUGAAUCGGUUUUGAAUGAUUUUUCGGGGACUCAGGACUUGAUGAAAUUCACCCAUUUCAGUUUUUUUUUGUUGGAAAAGUUUGAUAAUAUUGAUUUGUUGGCUCUUUUUGUUUGAAUACAUUUUUUUGAGAGAUUUUUUUGGGGGCUAAGGUCUUGAUGAAAUGGAUCAUUUUUUUGGGAUUUUUGUUUGAAAAAAAGAAUAGUGAACAAGUAUUGAUCUGUAGUAGAAGAAAGAUUUAGAGCUGAGUUUAUGCCUGAGAAAAAUCUCGUAAAUCUUCUUUUUUUCCCCGAAUGUUCGAGUUUUUGCAUAGCCGGAAAGAAAAUACCGGCAGACUAAAUUAUGUAAACGUUGAUAUAAAAUUUGCUGGAAAAUUCUUGUUUUUUAAGCCAUAGGACUCAAAAGUCUCAUUUUUUGAAAGUAAUUGUUAUAGAUUCCAUUUUACCUUGUAGGAAGUUUUUCAAGUUUAUUUUUCCAAAUUGAUUUUUUUUUCUAGGGUAUAAACUUAUCCUUUUUUUUUAUGUUGUCAAGACUUUUUUUCAAACUGCGGUUUUAUCCAUUUUUUUCGAAAUGAUUAUACAUAUUUUCAUUAUCGCAAAAACGAUUUUUUAAGGAGCAAAGACAAUUUUUAUAAAGGGUUUGAGUAGAAAAGCCGUUUCCGUGUUAUUUUAAGUCUUGUUAGAUUUCUGAAACUGCAGAAAAAAGAUCAUUUUCUUAUUUAGAGAGGAAGGUGAUAAUAUUGAACAAGAAAAUUCUGUAAUUUUAUCUCAAAAAGUUGAAAAUACGUGAAAAACGUCUAGAAAGCGAAUUUUUUUCGCAAAUCCUGCAAAAAUCCUGGAAGUGUAGAAAAACUAUAAAUAACGGGAGAUAAGGGAAAGUUUUUGGUGGAGUCCGAAGCACCAGCUGCGAGGUCCCGAACACACUAGAGAGACGUCAACACGUCAAUCAACUUGGCACACAGAAACCCCCCCUUUUUUGUUUAAUAAAAUGUCGCGCACCACUUCUUCUUGUUUUAAAACGAGGUUUUUUGAAGAGAGGUUCUUCUAGUUUUACGAAAAGGCCUUUUUCGAAGAAUAUAUCAUGACCCAGAAUUUCAUAUAUCCUUCGAAAACAUGUACCAUUUUCUUAAGGUUUUCUUUAGGGUUUCGAACGAAUUUUCGCAAUUUCGGACUCCAGAAGCACUAUUUUUCUGAAAAUGUCAUUUCCAGGAUAAUUUAAGUUUUAAUUUAAAUUUUUGAUUUUACAAGCUAUGUUGUACGGAUUUUCAUGUUUUUUUCGAGCUCAUGAAGUCAAAAAUUCUUCAACUUCUGACCACUCCUUUGGAAAAAAAUCUCUCAAACUUGUAGCUUUUUUUCAUUUUUUUAUGCCUUUCCAAACAGAUUCUUUUUACUUUUUGUGUUCAAAAAGCCAGUAUUUUUUUCACAAAAUAUUUCAAAUUUUGACCUCCUUUCUGAAAGUUGAAUAUGUAAAUAUGUAGCUUUUUUUCAACUUGGAUCAGCUUUUUCGAAAAAGAUUUAUAAAUUCUUCGAUAUGCAAAACCCGAAAUUCGUCGCAAAAAAAUGCUUCAAGUUUUGACUGUCCUUUUGAAAAAAAGCCGUUCGAACUUAAAGUUUUUCAAAUUUUUUUGUUUUUUUCCGAACGGAUUUUCUAAUCUAUGAGAUCAAAAAACCAUAAUUUCUUUUGAAGAAGCCUCUCAAACUUGUAGCUUUUUGGGCGAACGGAGGAAGAUGACUGGAAAAGUCGCCCCUGUGCUGGCCGAGAUGACACUGGGGAAUUGGUGUGAGCAAAAGUUGAGUGCGACGGAGAAACUGUGAUGAAUUGGCUCUCGGGGAGGAGCAAAAGCCGUCAUUUUUCAGAGAUUUUGGCCCGGAAUAUGCGCCGGCCAUGCGAAAAGGUCAGAGGUAGAGGGGUUGGAAUGGAUUCUUGAUGGUAUUGGAGAGGUUUUUAAUGAUUUCCCGAAAGAAAGUUGGGUUUAUAAUCUAGGAUUCGCAGUUUAAAAUUAGUUCGAGGAAACGAUGGUUUUCAGAAGACUGUAAAACGAGCUAGCUUUUGGGAAUUUUCAAGUUUUUUUUUAUCUCUAAAUACUUGGAAUUUGAAGAAAAGUUGAAAGGAGUAGCUGGAGAAGUCGUCAUUUUUCAGAGAUUUUUGCCCGAAAUUUGCAUCGGUAGAGGGAUCGGACUUUAUUCAUAAUUUAUUGAUUUCUUGAAGGUUUUUGUGGCUUUUUUAGCUAGAUUUUUCGCAUUCAAAGAUUCAAAAAUUAAUUGCAGCUCACUCUAGGAAAUUAUGAUUCAAAAAAAUAUCGAAGCUAGCGGAAUAGUUCAGGUUUUCGUACUAGAAUAACAGUUUGAAAUUGAAGAAAGAACCGAAUAAAAUGUUCAUUUCAAGAGAUUGUCUCUAAAAAAAUAAUAAUGAUAAAAUGUGUAUUUAUGUAUUUUUUUCCAAUCAUCAAGGAUUUGAAUCAAACUUUUCAUCAACUCCAAGUCUUCAGAAACGUUUUUUUAUCCCACACGGAAAUUUAUAGCGCGUAAAAUGACACCAUAAAUGGGAUGGUAAACCUGGACAUUGCCUUUCUUCAACCAUUUGAUGAUAAAGUUCGAAAAAAAUUCUCUCGGAAAUCGUUUUGAAUCUUUAGUUUGAUCCAAAUCAUUUUUGUGAUCCUCAAAGGAGCAUAUGGAAAUCUCGAAAAAGGUCUUAAGACGGAAAGAGGUCCUUUCUUCGGAAUUAUGCCUUUCCUUUUUCAAAGAACGUUUCAAGUUUUUUCUCAAUGACCUUUUUUCCUGGCUUUUGUCUGAAUUUAAAAGUUUAUUUUUUCACUGAUUUGGUUGAUUAUGUUUUUUUCGAAGGCGAUACUUCCUGUGGAAUUUUUUUUUGCUUGAUUUAGAAGAGCUUUCAGCUUUUUGCAGAUCGUUCUAUGGUUUUGCUUAAAGUUAGGCCUAAGUAUUAUUAGUACAUGUACAAGAAUACAUGUACAAGAAUAGUUUUUUUAAAGGCUUAUUUUAUCAUUAUUUUGACCGGUCAUCCUUUUUUUAUCACUGUCUUUCCCUCUCGUUUUUUUCAAUUUCCAUGGCAAAAAAAUAUAAGAUUUUCGGAUAUGAAUAUAAGCAUUUCGCAGAAGUUUUUCCUGAUUUUUUUCCACUUGCUUGAUUAUUAUUUUUUUAUCUUUAAACUUUCUUGUCAUUUCUUUAAUUUCUCUGACAAAAUCAUGACUUUUGGCAAUGAAAAUGGGCAUUUCGCAGAAGCUUUCCCUGGAUCUUGCCUCUUGAAAAACGGACGAUUUAUUUGCAGGCGGCCAACUUGGGCUUCGGCAUCGCCAUCUCCGGCGGCCGCGACAACCCCCACUUUACUUCUGGCGAUCCGGUCGUCGUCAUCUCCGACGUCGUUCCGAACGGUCCCGCCUGGGGCCUUUUACAGUCCGUUUUUGCAUUCUUGAAUAAUGUUUGAACCGGUAAUGUCUAAACCAUUAAUGUAGUAGAUUCCGGUGAUUAUUUCAUAUUUUCAGACUUCACUUUUCAAGUAAAGAAGAAGAAAGACUAAAUAAGUCAAAAACACUUCGGAUUUUCUGGGUUUUAUAUGUACACUAAGAAUAACUGACGAGAUAAACGCGAGCUCGGUGGCGGUACAUUGACUAACUCGCAAAAAUGUCGCUUUUUUCUAGGCGCGCCCUCGCAUUUCUCUCGGCGCCAUCUCGCAUUUAUCUUGCAUUUCGGGAAUUUUCAAAUUGCGAGAGAAAUGCGAGCUCGCGCCUAGAAAAGUGCGAGCUGGCGCUCAGAAAAAUGCGAGACCGGCGCGAGAAAAAAAGCGAGAUGUUUGCGAGCUCGUCAAUGUACCGCCAGUGUCUCGCGUUUAUCUCGGCAGUUAUUCUUAGUGUAUUGUAUUUCACUAUCCCUUUGAAUCGAACUUUAAAUUUGGGUUUUUUUCCCCGUAAAAAGUUAUCAUAUAAAAAAAUCGUAUUGAAAGAAGAAAAAAAGAAAUGCUUAUAAUAUUGUAAGGAUUUUAAGAGUCUGAAAGAAUUUUAGAUGAAAAAGUUUUGAAAGUAUCAAGUUUUCUCUUUUUUGCGUGAAGACAAUUGCUAGUCUGUUUCUUCUAUCUAAUUGGAGUCCUGACUUAUUCGGAAGCCAUUUCCAUCGAAAUUUCUAGCUUAAUUUUUUUUCAAAUCAAGAUUAUAGAAAAACGAACCUUUCUCAAUGAUUCUCAAUUAGUUUAUUUUUUUGUAUGAAACUAUUUCCACUGGUUUUUUUAAUUGAAGUAUGAGGAAAUUUUGAAAAAAAUAAAUUUAUAAAUUAGAUUCAUUUUUUUUUCCAGACUAAACGAUCGUAUUUUGUCGGCAAAUAGUGUCUCCUUCGAGAAUAUCGACUACGCUCACGCCGUUGAGAUCAUCAAAAACGCCGAGCAAAUCAAUAUGGUUCGUUUCGAAGAAAAUUAUCAGAAAAAAAUCGGGUUUGAAAUUCAUUUUUUUCAAAUUUUUCAAUAAAAUAUUCGGAAAAAAAUUAUGAUUCAUAUUUUUUUUUUCAUUUUAAUAUUGAAAUAUCCAAAAAAGUUGGAAACACUUUUUUUUUUUCAAUUUUAUAUUCAAAGUUCAGUAAAGUCACGAUUUUUCAUAUUUAAGGUUGAAAAAAAUUGCUACCAUUUUCAUCAAGUGAUUAAGUUACUAGGUCGAUUAUUUGUGAUUUUAUCAAAUUGGAAGAUGGAAGAUUACAAUUUUUUUGAAGUUUCAUGGUUUUUGGUCCAUUAUCAGUUCUCUGAACAGAUUAUUUUAAGAUUAGAUAUUUUGUUUUCAGAUCGUGAAACGCCGUGUGGCGAUGCCGGUUCUCGAGUUCGAACAACGGACUUUGAAGUUUACACUUUCGAAAUCGAGGAAAAAAGAUGGUUUUUUCACAUUUUCAACUUUUUCGAUGGUUUGAAAUUCCAGAUUUUGGAAUAGUUGUCGGCUGCAAGUUCUACAUUAAGGAAAUCCGCAACCCGAAACUCGCUGAGAAGGUCAGAUUCUUGUUUCAACUUUUCUUUAUUUUCAACAACAUUCCCUUUAAUUGAUCGUUUAAGCUCAUGAGUAUGAAAUGUUCAACAAAAAUCGAUGAGAAAAUGGGCUUUUUUUAAAUAUAUAAUGUAUAAGAUCAUAAUCCAAAAAAAAAGAAACUCAAAAAAAUGAACCUUGUUUGGAAAAAUGAACAAAAAUUGAAGCUUGUUUUGUAAACCUUUUUAAUACCAAAAAAACUACCGUCGUGUCUCUGAAAAAUCCUUACAGGACCUAAUUUAACACUGAAAAGGAGUUCUUGUCCGGAAAUCUUUGUUUAAUUUGCCCAUGUUUCUUCAAAACCCAAAAUGAAGAACUUUAAACAACAAAAUAAAAGUUUAAAAAUCUAAAAAAAAAUACAAUCAUAAGAAACCAUUUUGAACUUUUCAUUGUAUAGACUUGCAUAUCUCAAUGACAAGAUAUUCUUCUUUUCAUCUCAAUCGAAAUAGGCCCGAGUUAACUUUGAGGAUUCAUACAUAGAAAACUAGUAGAGAUCUUUUUGGGGUAUAAGGUCAUGAGAAAAGAAAUGGAAGUUGAACUUUGCAGGACCCGGGCCUCCGAGAGGGCGACUCGGUGCUUCGGAUUAAUGGCCAAUGUGUGGAGGACGCGACACUCGAAGAAGUGAACAAAUGGCUCGAGAGGUCUCUUUUUCCCCGUUUUUGGGCUUUUUCUUCCCCUCUCGCUGUGUUUUAGAUGGAUGCUCUUUUUGGGGCGAUGACAGUGUUUAUUUUCCAUUGAGCUCUUGGAAACUCCUCUUCCUUUUUUCUCUUCAAAGUGAUUUUCUGAGUCUUGAUUCGUUUCAAAAAAUCCAAUUUGAAGAUAUUUUACUUUAAAAUAUCAAUUUUUUUUCUUGAAGUAUGUUCGGCUGAGUUUUUGAAUAGUUUUGAGAACAAUAUUUUGAGUAAAUUUAAAAUUUAAAAUUUUUUUUCUGCCGAUUUUUGGUUAAUUUUUGAACUUUUCUUGGGUACCUUUUGCUUCUUUUUUUUUCGAAGUUGCUAAAUCUUUGAGUUUCUUAGAACUCUACCAGCUUUUUCUUUCAAACUUCUAUUUUUUUUUUCUAUUUCUCUUCGUUUUAAUUUUAUGUUCUCAGAUCUCGGGACAAACUCUGCCUGGUGAUCCAAAGAGACGUCCGCCGCGGAACGUCUCGGUGGCCUUCCCAGAACACCGUCUACGAAAGAGUCGGCAGUGUUUCGGCGACGCCGAGACAUUCCCCAAGUCCUCUCCUAAAUCAUCAGCCCGUUUCAAAUCGGUCAGUUAUUCGAGAAAAUCGCAAAACGGUUUUACAGAACAAUAAAACGCAUUCUUGAAAUAAGCUUGGGAAAAUUUCUAAGGAAAAAUGAUUACUUUUUCGAUUUCAGUUCAUCCGAGUAGAAAAAAAUAUCCACACAUUCCAAAAUUUCAUAGUAAGUUAGAGCUAAUAAUCCGAAAAACUUAUGAAGUUUGAUAAGACAUUUUGAAUUCUUCAAUUAGGAUGCAUAAAGGGUUUUAUAACAAGGUUUUGAAUUGGUUGGUUAUUCAAGAAACUUGUGAAAAAGGGUCAGAAUACUGUUUUUUCUAGUUCUAAAUUUUUUAGAUAGUUUGAAGUCUUUUUUUAGGGGCUUUAACGGCAGUAAAACACAUAUUUCUCAGCAGUUUCAAGCCAGAUUUUCCAAAAAUUGGGUCGCUCAAAAUCUCAAAUAUUUAAAAUUGGUCUUCACGUGAUAUAAUUGAGUUUCAGGUCAUAUAAAAAAAGGUUUGAACUAAGUUUACUCAGAAAAACACGAAAUUUUUUUAAUUUUUUUCGAAAUUUUUCAUUUCAGACAAACCACAAACAAGGAUUAUAAGAAUUUUGUAGACGGAAAUAAUUUUUGAACUAAAAAAACUUAUGUCAAAAAGCGGGCCUCUAUAAACACUCCACAAAAUUCUAAAAGUUUGUUUUUGCAAAAAUAUUUCAUUUAGGAAACGAAACCAAAAACAUCUUGCAGAGCCUCACACGAGUACGUCAACUCGCCGCGAUGGCGUCCUGACGGAAGCCUCGACGAGAGAAGAGUUUCCUCGCCGGCCAGUUCGGCCAUGUCGGCCCCCAACUCGGCAGCUUUUCCUGUCUCGAGCAACGGCCACGAGUACGAGUUCUACUCGAGACAGCAGCUCAAGCCGGAGCAAGAAGGCGUGCGGACUGUCACCUUCCGAAAGGUGCUGACUGAGUUAUUUUUAUUGGCUCCGGGUUUUCGAAACUGAUACCAAAGCAAUAGUCCUUUUUUCGUGAAUUUCUCAUCAGAGCGGUUCUCAUCUCAUUACCGCAAAAACGCGGAAGAGUGAAUUUUUUUAGAAGGAGAAAAACUUUUUUUACUUUUAGAAAAAGUUAGAUUAUUGUGAAACUAUGACUAUGUGGAAGAAAAAAAAAAAUCAUUUCUAAUUAGCCUUCCAUAGUUCAGAAAAAAAUCCAUAAAACACCAAAAGAUUUCCGCGCUUUUUGAGCUGUUUUUUAAACUUUUGAAUGGAAAUAUUUCUCAAUUUAAUUAACUUUGCUCAGGUCGGCGGAAGCGUUGGAGUGCGGGUGAUUGGCGGGAACGAAGUGGGCGUCUUCGUCUCUGCCGUCGCUGCAGACUCUCCGGCGGCGAUUCAUGGAGUCCGGUGUGGCGACAGGAUACUGGAGGUAAGAACUCCGGAAAGAUUUAGAUUUCGAAAUGAAGUUAUGAGAGAAAACAGACGCAGAUAGGCCAGAACGUUUCAAGGCAUGCCAAAUGUGAUUUAUGAAGAAUGUUUAAAAUUUCUGAAGAGCAAUUUUUUUGAGUUUCUUCUCAAAAUUUCAACAACUUGUCCUAAUGCCAGGUCAACGGCCGGAACAUGAGAGGAGUUACACGCGAAUCGGCGGUUCAACUGCUGUUGGCCCUCGACGAUCGAGUUUCCCUGAAGCUCGAACAUGCCAGAAACGAGUUCGAACACGUCCGGAACAACCAACUCGGCGACAAUUUUUAUAUCAGGUAUGCAAAGUCGACAGGAAUUCUCUGGAAGAUCUGGAAAGAUCCGGAAUAAUUUUAAUUACAAAGAAAAUUUUCAGAAAAACUCCCAAAAGUGAAGAAAAAAAGGUUGUAAAUCUUUCAGAUCGCACUUCACCAAGGAGAAAAAGUCGAGCCCUCUGGAGUUGGCGGUGAACGAAGGCGAUAUUUUCCACGUCACAGACACCUUGUUCGGGGGUACUGUAGGUCUUUGGCAGGCGGCGCGCGUUUACUCCGCCGUCGCCAAUAAAGGAGAACCUGUCAAAGGAGUCAUCCCCAAUCAGGUAAGCUAAUCACUCAACGAAAUAACCUAUUUCCUCUCAGUAGAGCGCACUCUCAACUUUUUCUAACUUUUUGUUUGAAACCGUUUUUCCCAAAUUCUGAUGUAUUUUAUAGAGGAAUUCAAAAUGAAUUAAUUAUAACAAUCUUUUUAUUCUUAUCUGAUUAUUAUUAUUGACAAAAAAAAAAAUGAAAUGCAAAAAGCUCAAAAUAGCCCAUAGGAAAUGUUAUAGUUGUUCAGAGAACUAUUUUUGAAAGGAAAUCUUUCAUUAUAAAUCAAGGUUUUUCUCUGCAGACCACAGCCGAGACGAUCGCAAGGGAAAUGCGCAGAAUCGCGGACAUAAAGGCCAGAAAUGGCGGUGGCGGGACGCUUCUGCGACGGAAGUUGGACGCAAGACGGACGAAAAGCCUGCCGAAGAACAUGGUGGCCGACCCGGCGGAGCUGUCGGCGAGCAUCCCGCUGCCGGCCUACGAGAGGGUCGCCUUGAACACUCCGUCUUUCCACAGGUCCCUUUUUGCAAGUGGAGUUAUACUGUCCAGCUUACAGCUUGUUAGCCAGACUUGGAAAAAAAAAUUAGGGGAAAAUGAAAAAAGACACAUGAAAAUUUGAAAAUUUAUUGUUUAUCAAAAGAGCUCGAUCGGAAGACCCAUAAAUUCAAGAGUUGCCUUUUCUUCAUCUUUUUUUAUUCUCAACUAUUGAACUAAAAAAUCUGAUUUUAACUGUUAAAUAUUCAAUAUUUCAUGGGUAAAUUUCCGAUUUUUGCCUCAAAAAACCUGAAUUUCAAUUCUAACGUUCAAAUCUCUUCAGACCAAUCGUUCUCUUCGGCCCCCUGGCUGACAUUGCUCGCCAAAUGUUCCUGACCCAGUACUCGGCCCGUUUCGUGGAACCGGAAAGUGAUGGAGGCGUCAUCCGACUCAGUUCCGUCGAUCACGUCAUCGCGUCGGGAAAACACUGCAUCUUGGAUAUCAGCAUAGAAUCGGUACUGAAGAAAAAAGAAAGGAAAUCAUACACUUGGCUAUUUUCCAGGUCGAAAGACUGCAACUGGCCCAGUAUGCGCCGAUUGUCGUCCUUUUGGAUGUCGAUGGACGGUCGAAAAUCCGGGAUAUCAGGAAAAAGGUGAGAUUGUAGUUUUCACGGAGUACAUUCAAAAAAUCAAAUCAAAUUCUAUGAAAAAUUUGGAAAAAAUCUGAAAUUUUCAAUUUGAAAGGUUUUUCUAAUUUUCUGUCCUUUUUCUGAGUUUCAAGAUUCAUAGAACCUAACUUAAGAACAAAAACCUGGAAAAGUUGAUAAAAAACUGAAAAAAAGCAACAAAAAAAAGCGAUGGGUUUUUUAAAAUUGCAGAAUCACUAGUUUUUCUCAGUUUUCUGAUUUUUUUUUGAUCGGAAAAAAGGCUCCACAGAGAAUGAACCAAUUUCUUCAAAAAGGGUAAAAGGAGAAAUUAGAAAAAUAUCUUAACAUUAUCGUUUUUUUUUGUUCAAUUUCGAUUCAUUCUCCUUCUUCCAAGAUCUUCCCACAGAUAAUUGUUCGAAAUUAUCAAAGUCGCGAAAUUUUUUGAAGAUUGUUUGUUCAGACGAACGCUCCUCACCUGUCCUCACGGAAGCUGGCCGAACAAGCGACGCAGAUCAAAAAGCAUCACGCUCACUUGUUAUCGGGUAGGUCAAGGGUAAAAUGAGAUGAGGGGGAUAUUGUAACAAGUAAACAUUUCCAAGGCCUUUUUGCCCUUUCUUUUCUGAUUUCAUUCCAAAAUGUUAUUUUCACAUUUUUUAAGGAUGAAAAAAAGUUUAUUUCUGCCAUUUUUAUUUCUUCUGACGAAAAGGACCUUUAUAUCUUUUCGUCUCACCUAUUUCUGGAAAUUGGCUCCAUUUUAUUCUCAUAAAUUGUAAAGAGUCAAGGAAAGUCAUUAGAAAAAGCUUUGAAAUCCGUUUUUUUAGAAAACGUUUUUUGUUAUCUUUCGUAUUUUUUCUGUGUAAAAGCUUCGGAAGGAAUUAUUCGUUUAUUUCUUCUUACAUAAACUUCUCACUGUUGUCGUGGAGUAAUCUUCGAAUAUAUACUCCGUUUCCGUGACUUCAAACUGUUGUUUUACUCUGCACCCUCCUCGUCUAUCGGCGAUCCUCUCAACUUCAAGUGCUAUUUUUAUCAUUCUCUGACCUCUCUGGGAAGGGAACAAAGGGAAGCAGACACUCGAAAAGUUUCGAGACGCUGCGAACGGGAAUUACUUCGAAUUUUCAAAAUUUGAGAUUGUUUCAGCCACCGUCGAUGCGACCAACGAAGAAGGAUGGUUCGAAGCGCUUCGCGAACUCAUUGUUCAUCUACAACAACGACGACUUUGGAUGCCCGAAUUCCCGCCGAACCUUCCUCUAGAAGAUGUUUUGGAUCCUCUGCUCGAAGUAUAAUAAAUAUACUUUUGAGGUGCUGUUAUUCCCGUUAUCGACGAAAGGCGACGGCGAUGAAUCCCUGAGAAGUGAAUAUAGCGAAUAUGGAGGCACAAAAAGGGACGACAGUUUGUCCAGAAGCAAGGAACACAUGUCGCCGAUGACGAGGUGAGAAUAGAAAACAUUUUUUUAUUUGAAAAAAACAAUCUCAGUUUUUUUGUUGAAAAAAAUAGAGGAGAAAGAAGCUUUUUCUCACAUUGAAAUUUUUUUGAAAGCUCAAAGCGUUUCUCAGUUUUUCAAAUAUCUUCUCUAAUAUGUCAAGACUUUGUACGGAACUUGAUCUUUUUUUCUAUAUUUUUAAAUAAGAAGUUUUACAUGCUACCAUCAAAAUUCAUAAAUAACGGUCAUAUAAAAAAACCGCAAAAAAAUUUUUGACGUAAAAAUUUCCCGCCAAAAAAACUAGCUUUCUAAUUAGAUUUUCCAGUUGGAAAUGCAAAAAAAGUUAUUGGUAUUAUCAUUACCUGAAAAAUGGGGCUAUAUAUUAUCCAGAUAGUGUCGGAACCAUUCUUCGAUUGGCCCGAAGACAUCAUUCUUUUUUUCAGAUCGAUCUACGACUGGGACAGCAACGCGUCCUCCUUGCCCCGUCCCGGCCAGGCUUCUGGAGAAGGCGGAAGUGAGUUUCCGUGGGCGACGAUGCCCCGACGUCCCGAACAGUCCAUGUCCUCCUCUAACGAACCGUCGCUCAACGGAGGCUCCUUCCGAAAAGAACGGCUCUCCGCCGACUCGACCAACGGCCUCCCUCCGCCCAGGAACUCCCUAACAACCUUCUCGUCCGAGUCCAACGGGUCCGUCCGGCCUUUGAGAUCUCGGCCCGAGGUCCAUAACCAUCAGCCGACGACGACCAUGUUCUUCCCGACGACGCCCAAUGGGAGGGAACCUCUCGAUGCGUUUCCCAGUGGUGUGUUUUCGUGUUUAUGUUAACGGAUUUUGUGGAAAAAUAGGCUUUUUUUCCAACAUAACUUGGUGUGAAAAUGAGGAAAAAGGGUCAUUUUACUACUUUUCAAUUUUAAUUUCCGGCGAGUGUAUGCGUAUAAAAGGAUAAUCAGACCAAAAUUAUGCUAUAACACGUUCAACACCACGGAUGGAACUUUUUCGCAAGAAUACCAGUCAACCAGGACGACAAAACUGGAUGACCGAUUGCAUAAGACCUCCUGGAAAACGUGUGGUCCACGCUUCGAUCAAUAAAAGGCACUAAAAGGCAAUAAAAGGUCGAAAGCGAAGAUGGACCAUCUAAGUAUCUAAGUAAGUAAGUAAGUAUGCGUAUCCCUUACCUGUGUAAUUAUUCGGGAUUUAUUGAGUUUUUGAUUUUUUUUUUAAAUCGUUUUCCUUUCAAUUUCACUCACAUAAUACACCUUUGGGGCGAAUAAAGAGUAAAAUUUUCAAAAUGAAGUUGGAAUAAAAUUAUUAGAAAAAACUGAAGAUGUAAAUAAGUACACUAAUCUGAAAAUAUCGAAAUGAUUUCUUUCCCCCAUGGAAAAAUGAGUUUUUUUCUCGCUAAAAUUUGCGUUGAUUUCUGUGUUCUAACUCGCUUCUAACUGUAUGUUGGUUGAAAUAGUUCAUGAAGUUCCUCUUAUUUGAAAAAAAAAAAUCAUGAUCGAAUUUUCCAGAAAGCAACUUGAUAAAUAGCCGAAGCGGCUCCUCGCCUGGAUAUUAUCAUGUCAAACAGGUGAUUUCUAUUUCCAAUUUCGAAAUUUUCAAUUUGAUGGUGUGAAAAUGUUGUAAAUCUGUUGUGAUGUAGCUGUUGAACGACGACUCGCUGUACCAAGACGCGCGAAUCGCCAACGAAAUCGCGAACGUUAGGCUUCGCGAGGAGGCGCGACUGAGGGACGAGCGACUGAGGGACGACCAGCGGAUCGCCCAGCUUCAGAGGGAACGCUAUGAGGUCGUCAAAACUGUAUUACAAACGCCGUGGGCGCAGUUGUAAUGGCUUGGUGUAUGCGCAACUCGUUUCAAGUCGGGCGCUGCAGCUAAGCCAAGCCAAGCCAUUCCAAAUGCGAACAAUGACUACCUAAAUUGCCGAGUCUGUUUUCAGGGCUCGUGUUGUUUUAGUGGUUGCUCUAGUUGUAAACAUUAUCAUUGGAGCACUAUUGUCUCAAAAAUAGUUCGACUUGUAAGCCUUUUUUUCACACACAGAUCCAGGGAUUCUAUUAGAAUGAUUUUUUUCAUUUUUUUCAAUUGAUAAAGAUUUGAUUUUAGUUUUGAUUAAUCAAUCUCAAAGUUUCCAUGAUUAUUAAUUUUGCGAAGGAGAAAGUUUAUUUUAACUUUCGAAAUAAAAAAAUUGAAAAAGAUUGGCUUCCCAAAUCUAAAACAUUUCUUAGAAUCUCCUAAUUUCUGUUUCAAAACACGACUCUAUUAUCUUUACCGAAAGUUAGAAAUCAAAAGAAUUCUUCGCGUAAUAUUCUGUAUUGUGUGUUGUUUAUUGAAAGUUGUUGGCUAUUGUAAGCUUCUUUCUGAAGAAAUAUUUCAGUAAAACUGAACUUUCAGGGUCCAAUCCAAGCUCCCACGGCUGAUAUGUACACUUUCCGGGACGAACAGGCGACUUCUUCGAAUAAUGCUUCUAUUUUGAAUAAUGGUAAAAGACAAGAUGAACAAUUAUUGUCGUUAGGAAUUUAUAAACAAAUUUAUUCUUGAAAAGAAGCCAAAAAAUAAAGCCGUUUUAUGGAAUGCCUUCAGGGCCAGAGCCUUAAACUGCUAUAUAUCAAGGUCCUUAAUCGUUUUUUCUCAUAUUUCCCUAUCAAAACUAUAUUUAAUUAUUUCAGGACAUCAUGCGGGCAGCGUUGGCCCGGCCUACGGACAUACAUCGAGGAUUUCCAGUACCAGGGAUCACACCAAUUUGUCGCCUCGGACCAUGUCUGCCCAGCCUCGACCGACUAUUGCGCCGAAACCUUCUCUCUAUACGGAUAGUGUUAUUCGGUGAGUUAGGUGAAACCUAAGCCUGAAAAUUCAGAGAACUCUCCUAUCUCAAAACAUUUUUCGAUAAAUCAAUUGAAUAGUCCCCAGAAAACUUUGAUAUGUUAUGAGCGCUGGAGUGUUAUGACACCAGAAGCUAUCAAUAAUCAUUAUAAUAGCAGAAACCAGACUUUGAUCUACUUAAUUUCUUUUAUUUUUUUGAAAUUUUUGUGAUUAAAAAUAACUAUUGAUCAUCUAGGGGUAGGAAGCUUGUAGGCAAAUAAUCGGAGCCAAAAAUGGCGUUCUCAUUGAUUUAUGUAAUUUUUUGAGUUUUUUCCAGUAACCGAUGGAACGACAGCCCUCUGGACGCCCGAGACCGAGAAAGAGAAGAAAGUUUGAGUCAAGCGCCUCCGGCAGUACAAUCGGCUGCAGUUUCUAAUGAGUGAAUCAAUGCUUUUUUUUCAACUUUAUCAAUUUUCUACUUUCCAGAGCGAAUCUCCUGUCUCGCUCGCAGUACCACUUGCGAACGAACGGAAGCGUUUCGCCGGCGACUGCCAGCAUCGCCCUGACCGUCGCGAGCACUGUCAACGCGGCGUCGAAGUCGCCGUCGCCGCCUGAGAAUAAUACGCAGCACGGCAAGGAGAAUGUGGAGGAUGAGGUAGAGAACUUUGUGGGUCGCAUUUGGAAUGAGUAAGGUUGGAAGAAAACUUUCUAGCCUAACUUCUAUUCAAGCCUAACUUCGACCGGCGCAACAAAAAUAUGCUUUUGUCGAAGUUUAUUACAACCAUCUAGCUUUUUGAAUAGACAAGAGAAGAGGAAACUUCAAAUUGAGACUGAAAUUCCUUUUUUCUAUCGAUACAAGAUGAUCUAGAUUUUUUUUUUUCACUAGAGGUUUGCUCUACCAGAAAAAUGCAAAAAAAAAAGGAGAAAAAUUCGACUUCCCAUGCCUCAGCUCGUUUUUCGGAAAGAAAGAAAUGCAUUGAAUGUUGCUUGAUGGCUGGAAAGUAGAAUGACAUUUGAUUCCAUAUACCUUUUUUCAGGAACCAAUUGUGGUCGAGGAGUCGACUGCUUUGGUCGGAAGCGAAGGCGCGGUUCUGAAAUGUGUCCAGUCGCAGGUCGAACUCCGAAUACCGCCCGGAGCCAUCCCCGACGGCGAGAAACACGAGAUUUACGUCAAGGUGAUCAAUCUUGUCAGGAAAGGUUGAAAACAUCGGAUUCAUUCAGGUUUGCCGGGAAGGCGACUCGCCGCCAAUCGACAAGUCCAAGGGGGAAACUCUGCUCUCGCCGCUGGUCAUGUGUGGCCCUCAAGGUGGAGUUUCGUUUUAAUUCAUGCAGGAGCUUGGAAAAAAGGACUUUCGAAUGGAAAUUGGUACAAUAACUGUAGUUUCCCAAUCUGGUGUCGAAAAUGCUUCUAGUUAUUGAAGAGAACUUUAAAAGAAGUUAUGAAAGCUCAGAAUUCAGAAAAAGUUUGGAUCUAAUCGAUAGAGAAGUUUGAAAAAGACUCCUGAACGAGACCCGGUAGCUACCUGUAUGACCUCCCGAUUCAUUUUUGACUAUGAGUUCACAUAUUUGCCCAGAAGGAUCAUGUAAUUAUUUCUAUUUUCUUUUUAAAAAAUUAAAAAAAAGGCUUCAAGUACCAAAGCACAGUAUUGAUCUCUUCACAGCCUUCUGAAAUUCAUUUUCUUUCAUCUUCCAGGCCUGAAAUUCCUGAAACAGUGCGAGCUGAGGCUCCCGCACACUGGUGGCAACUCCACGGAGAAUGAGCCCAGCCAAUGGUCAUUUUCGCUGAAAGCCGGCGAAGGCGGUCAGUGGAAACACAUGGAGAUCGAGCCGUCCUCCGCUGCUGAUGAUCGACUUCUCUCCGUCCCUAUUUCCCAUUUUUAA